CUUGACUGUCAUCCCAAGAAGAAGUACAGGAAGACUGUUGGCUACUAAAGCUGUCUCUUCACCGCCGUCAUGUCGGAGUUGAAAAGUUGACUUAACACCGUAGCAGGCAUGCGAGCUCAAGCGGAAGCCUCGGUGGCGCCAGGGCGACAUUAACGAAGCACCACCUUCGUCGUGCCAAACACUAGACAAAGUAGCUUUGGCUAAAAGCUAAUGCUAGCCGCGUUAAACUUCAAACUCAUUAUAACUACUUUUGUUUUACACGUGGACACGCCUUUGCGGAUAUUGUAUUCCGAAGUAGUUUGGAGUUAUUUUUUGUUUUUUUUUACAGUUUGUAUCAAAGACGUCGACCCACUUUGAAUUUCCCUCCUUCUGGGAGACGCACAGGCGGCUUAGCGACGAGUCAUUAGCAAGUCUGUGCUAAUUGUGCUAGUUAGCCCCGGGGCUACAUCGAUAUUAUUCACUUAAUAGUCGGCCUUUAUUGAGUCGAUACUUCGUCACAUCCGUUACUUGCUUUGAGGUUUUUUUUUGUUUUGUUUUUUGGCCCACGAGAUUACAUCCACGUUGGGUCUAUUUUGAAGGAAGCGGAUUAAAGUUGACAACUAUGGAUCCUCACACGGGAUACGCCGCCGCGGCUUCUGGUCCCAAGAAGGACAAGAAGUCGAAGAAAAGCUAUGAAGAUGGAGACGGCAAAAAGAAAUUUACACUGAAACGACUGAUUCCAGACGAGUUGGAGCGAUUCACCAGUAUGAGGAUUAAAAAGGACAAGGAGAAGCAUGGCCAAACGCCAAGUCAGCGCCAUUCGGCUGCCGGCAGCUAUGAAAUCAACGCUGCUAGUGCCACACUGCACGACCAUACGGACGAGUACGUCCUGGAACUCUUCGAACAGAUGAUGGUGGACAUGAACCUGAAUGAGGAGAAGCAGCAGCCUCUCCGAGAAAAAGACAUUGCAAUUAAACGCGAAAUGGUCUCCCAGUACCUCCACACGUCUAAAGCGGGUCAAGACCAGAAGGAGAGCUCCAAGUCGGCCAUGAUGUAUAUUCAGGAGUUGAGAUCAGACUACCGCAACGCACACCUGCUGAGCUGUCUGGAAUCGCUACGAGUCUCGCUCAGUAACAACCCAGUCAGUUGGGUGCAGACUUUUGGGGCUGAAGGCCUGGCAUUGUUGCUAAAUCGACUAAGAAGACUGCAAGAGGAAAAAGAUGAUGACUCGAUGGGAGUCAAAUGUCAACACGAGAUCAUUCGCUGUCUGAAAUCCUUCAUGAACAACAAGUACGGUUUAAAAUCCAUGCUGGAGUCGGACCAGGGUAUUCCUCUGCUGGUCAGAGCCAUCAACCCGAGGGUGCCUAAUAUCAUGGUGGAUGCUGUCGCACUAGUGUCUGCCGUCUCCAUAUUGGAACACCCAGAGAAUCUUCAUGAGCGUGUACUCGAAGCCCUGACGGAGGAGGCAGAGAAGCAGGACAUUGAGAGGUUCCAGCCUCUUUUGGCUGGCAUGAAAAGUGACAAUAUAGCUCUUAAGGUACACAAUCAACAGCAUGUGUCGUUUGAAUGGAUAUCAUCUAAACAUGUUGUCUUAUUUGUUCAGGGUGGCUGCAUGCAGUUAAUCAAUGCAUUGAUCAGUCGCGGAGAGGAGUUGGACUUCAGGAUCCAUAUUCGCUCUGAACUCCUAAGACUGGGACUCAGAGACAGCCUUAAGGAGGUGCGCAAAAUAGAAAAUGAGGAGCUGAGGGUGCAACUUACGGUUUUUGAUGAGCAGACUGAGGAUGACUCAGAGGACCUUAAAGCACGCCUGGAUGACAUACGCAUUGAAAUGGAUGAUGUGAGGGAAGUGUUUGAUAUUUUAGUCAACACAGUGAAGGACUCCAAAGCUGAAAACCACUUCCUGUCCCUGAUGCAACACCUCCUGCUGAUCCGCAAUGAUUAUAUGGCCAGGCCUCAGUACUACAAGUUAAUAGAUGAGUGUAUCGCACAGAUCGUGCUUCAUCGGAAUGGAGCAGACCCCGACUUCAAGUGCCGCAACCUCAGGCUCGAUAUUGAAGGCUUGAUAGACAAUAUGGUCGACCAAACCAAGGUGAAAACCAGUGAGGCCAAGGCUACCGAGCUCGAAAAGAAGCUGGACGCAGAGUUGACCGCACGCCACGAGUUACAGGUGGAACUGAAGAAAGUGGAGGGCGACUACGAACACAAGCUGCAAGAACUGAGCCAAGAGAAAGAGCUAUUGGCCUGCUCCAAGGAGGAGCGAGAAAAGGAGAACCAGGGUCUGCAGGAACAGCUAAGCAGUCUGCAACAGCAGAUUGACAAGCUGUCCAAAGAUCUGGAAGAGGCCAAGACUAAAGUUGUCACAGUAACCGUUCCCGUGCCAACACCUGGUUUGCCACCUCCACCACCAGCCCCUCCCCUCCCCGGCCAGACUGGGGGUAUUCCACCCCCACCACCCCCCCUACCAGGACAUGCAAUCAUGCCACAUGCACCACCACCACCACCACCACCACCACCACCUCUGCCGGGUCAAUUUGGCAUGCCACCACCACCGCCUCCCUUACCAGGCAUGCCGGGUCCGCCACCACCCCCACCCUUACCAGGCAUGCCGGGACCUCCACCACCCCCACCUUUACCAGGCAUGCCGGGACCUCCACCACCCCCACCUCUGCCAGGCAUGGCAGGACCACCACCUCCACCACCCUUACCGGGGAUGGGACCUCCUCCGCCGCCACCGCCACCUGGUGGUCCUGGUAUGCCUCCUCCACCCCCAGGCCCUGGUAUGCCUCCACCUCCACCGUUUGGCAUGGGGGGCUGGGGUGCCCCUGUACCACCUCCAUUGCCUUUUGGCCUUCAUCCUAAGAAAGAAUACAAGCCGGAGGUGCAGCUGAAAAGAGCCAACUGGAGCAAGAUUGGACCAGAAGACCUCUCGGAGAACAGUUUCUGGACCUCGGCCGAAGAGGACAAAUUUGAGAACAAUGAGCUCUUUGCCAAACUCACCUUGGCCUUCUCCUCGCAGACUAAGACUACUAAAGGUAAGAAUAGCCUCUACCAGAGGUUCAUUUCAUUUGUCCCCCUCCUUCUCCUGUGCUCAGAGGACACACCACACAUUUACAUUCCUCCUGGACACCAUGUCAAAAUAUGAUCCCCCAUAUUAGUCCACGUAUGAGUCAGCCACACAUGGGAUCAUCCUCUCAAUGACUUGUGCAGACUGCUGGAUCAGAUACAUUUGCACUUUUGGGGGACAAAAGGGGAAUGGUGGUGGAAGGAGCGAUAAGGAGAAGGUCGCCGAUGCCCUUCCGCAUGCCACCUGCUGUCCUGGCACAAAGUGCUGACACAGGGCUCUCCGCUCGCACGAACACACCUGUCCAAUCCCAUCACCUUGUCCCAGUGUCACCUAGCCUUCUGCUCCAACUCCUCCAUAUUCAUAUCAUAAUGACAACACGGCCAACUCAGUGUGUAUGUGUGUCUCCAUCUGACCUUCAUAUUCAGACACACACACUCCCGCAAACGUGUCAUGAAUAAACAAAUGAGCACCUGCACAAAUGCCAGAUUGUGGCUGUUGAUGUCAGUUAAAAUGUCAGCGUUGGCAGCUGUCCCAUCUAUACUCACCUGCAUGGCGAGUUGUAACGCUCCCCCGUCACGCCUUAAUUUGACAACCUCCCUUCUCCCCCUCCUAUUCCCAUGACCCAUAUACCGCCACUUUCAUUUUUUAUAGGCCAAGACAGCCGCCCAUUCCAGAUGAUGUCUAAUAACCUUUUCUGAGAGCUGACUAUAAAGGCACUGUGGCCUUUUCAUAGGCUCACACCUGUCCGUUUGCCUGCCUGCGAGGAUGUAAUUUAUUAUUGGCUGUGCGAGUGUACGUGGUCGGCAUCGAUAGUCCGCAUCCGCCGGGUCGGAAAUCUUGGACGUCUUCUUUUAUGUGCAGAUGAGACCUUGCUGGAACCAAAUAACUGUAAAUAUCUCUGAUGGGAAAUAACCAUCCAUCCAUCCGUCCGUCCUCAUCAGGGACGUACAGUUUGUACACACAGUAGUCAGUGCUCAGACUGCAUUCAGUUUGCUUUGUAUAAAGGAAGCAUACAGCAUAUAUGUCAUAUAAUGCCUUAUUUGUGUGCUGGGGAGAGAGCGAGACAUAACUUAGAAAGGAUGAAGACGAGACAUAAACAAGGUAUUGUAUUUGGUUUUGCUUGUUGCUUUUUAAGUGUGAAGCCUCAUUGAAGUGUUUUCUGUGUGCUUUCAGUGCAAAUGUGAUUCACCUUCAAUAUUUGAAUACAUGUUUGUGUGGCCGUGGCAAUGCAUCCAUGCAUCUUAUAAGCAGAGGGCUCUUACAUACAGCAUGUGCGGAGUGACCCUUCACCCCUUGUCUAUGCUACUCGUACUUAAACGUACCUCUCAAGGCCUCAUGCAUUCGUCUGGGCCUCCCUAUCUUUCUCCUUAUCCCUCACCUUUGGGAGGCCUGCUGCAUUCCUCCUAUCCUUGUUGUGCCCUUUCUCCUGCUCUCUUGUCUCCCUUUCCUCAUUAGACGGCAAAGUCAGGCAGACACUACACCGAGCCAUCACUCACCCCUGCUGACCCUUCGUUCUUUCCAUCAACUGCCAAGCAGCGCACACGCCCACACGAAAAUGCAUUGCAGGGGAACACAGUGCAGGGUUAUGACUUAUGAUUUUUGCACUUUGUGGAAGGGUAGCGAUGAGAUGGUGGCGAGUCACAUCUCUUGUCUGAAGAACAAAUGGAGUGCCUGAUUUGCUCUUUACGUGCACCUGACUCAAUGCUCAACACAUCUUCAAUUAGCAAGAAAUGUUUUGUUGUCCUCUGCUGGAAAAAUAGAAGACAUAUACUGUAUACCAGGGGUGGGUAAUUAAUUUUUAUCGGGGGCCGCAUGAGCAACCUGAGCACUGCUGGAGGGCCACACCGAGAAUAUUUCAAUUAAAUUUUCCAUCUAUCCAUCCAUCUUCUUCCGCUUAUCCGAGGUCGGGUCACGGGGGCAGCAGCCUAAGCAGGGAAGCCCAGACUUCCCUCUCCCCAGCCACUUCGUCCAGCUCUUCCUGUGGGACCCCGAGGCGUUCCCAGGCCAGCCGGGAGAC